CCGGACUGUCAUGCACUGCAAGAAUGGUCAUCUUUUAAGCAGCAUAUGCUGACUGGAGCAUUCAAGGAUAUGGACCAGCUUACCAUAAUGAGCAAACUGUCAUCCCAGCACGAUGAGUGGUAUCAAAUCUACCCCUCCCUCAGUAAGCUGGCAGCCAUUACCCUUACAGUGCCAAUCUCAAGUGUCAACUGUGAGAGAGAUUUCUCCACCAUGAAUAGGGUGAAAACAGACUUAAGGAACAGGCUGCAGGGGGACCAUCUAGCAGCAUGUAUGCUGCUCAGCAUCAAUGGGCCAUCUCUUUCUGAAUUCCCCUAUAACCGAGCCUUGGAGUUAUUUUUCCAAAAACCAAGAAAAAUUAAAUGAGCACAGCAAGGCUGCCAACUUUGCCACUGAGGCAAAGAUGCAAUUUGUUUCAUUAUGAAUGGUU